UCACUCAUUUAUUUUUCCUUUAAGGAAAUAAAAUAUUUCAAUUUAAAAAAAUUAUUCAGCAUUUCUUUGCUUAAGUUCUUCCGAAUCAGGUUCGGAUUGGAGUUUAAUGAUCCAAAUGCUUUAUAUUCUCAGUUCACAGUUUUGAGAUUCGGAACUCGAGUUGAGGUGAGUUGGAUUCCGACUCGGUUUCUGUAAUAUUUUAAGCUUCAACUUAAGCCGUCAAAUUAACUCUGUUUGGCUGGCAAGAAAAACUGGAGGAAAAGGAAAAUAAGAUGCGUUUUCGUUUCUCUGAGGUUUAUUUCUAUUUUCGGUGAGGUUAGCAUCUGGAACUAGAAAAUUCAGCAUUUCUUUGCUUACGUUCUCCCGAGUCAGGUUCCGGUUGAAGUUUUAUGAUCCAUAUCCGUCUUAUUCUUAGUUUACAGUUUUGAGAUUCAGAACUCGAGUUGAGAUUUUCAGUGAGGUUGGCAGCUGAAACUGGAAGUCUCUGGAACGAGAGUUUUCGGAUCCAAAAUCAAAUACUUAAGGGAAAUUGAAUAAUAACAAUAAUAAAAUCAAGCUCUAAGUUAUUAUAUAGUUAAAUUCUAGCUCGCACUUCAAAAUAACAGAUUCGUGAUUAUUAGUGGUAUACCAUGGCGAUCGGGAUCUUAAACUCUCUUUUAGCCUCUGAUCAUAGCUCCAUAGUUUCAAUGAACUUAUUCGUGGCGCUUCUUUGCGGUUGUAUUGUGAUUGGUCAUUUACUAGAGGAAAGCAGAUGGAUGAACGAGUCCAUUACUGCUCUUGUCAUUGGGGUGUGCACUGGAGUUGUAAUUUUGCUUACAACGGGAGGAAAAAGCUCUCACCUGUUAGUUUUCAGUGAAGACUUGUUCUUCAUUUAUUUGCUUCCUCCUAUUAUUUUUAAUGCGGGAUUCCAAGUGAAGAAGAAGCAAUUUUUCCGCAACUUUAUGACUAUCAUGCUGUUUGGUGCAGUUGGUACUUUAAUAUCAUUUGGCAUCAUAUCUGCAGGUGCCAUACAGUUUUUCAAGGAAUUGCAUAUUGGUGAUCUGCAGAUAGGGGACUAUCUUGCAAUUGGGGCAAUAUUUUCUGCAACAGAUUCUGUUUGCACUUUGCAAGUUCUUAAUCAGGACGAGACACCUUUGUUGUACAGUCUGGUUUUUGGGGAGGGAGUUGUGAAUGAUGCCACAUCAGUGGUUCUUUUCAAUGCAAUCCAGAGCUUUGACCUUACUCACAUCAACUCUACCAUUGCCUUGAAAUUUGUCGGAAAUUUUUUUUAUUUGUUCAUCUCAAGUACUUUGCUAGGAGUUGUGACUGGACUGCUCAGUGCUUUCAUUAUUAAAAAGCUGUAUUUCGGAAGGCAUUCAACUGAUCGCGAGGUUGCUCUUAUGAUCCUCAUGGCUUACCUCUCAUACAUGCUCGCUGAACUUUUCUAUUUAAGCGGAAUUCUUACAGUAUUCUUUUGUGGGAUUGUUAUGUCUCACUAUACAUGGCAUAAUGUUACAGAAAGUUCAAGAGUGACAACAAAGCAUGCUUUUGCUACUCUAUCAUUUGUUGCUGAGAUCUUUAUCUUCCUCUAUGUUGGUAUGGAUGCUUUGGACAUCGAGAAGUGGAGAGUUAUCAGUGAUAGCCCCGGAAAAUCAGUUGGGGUGAGUUCGAUUCUACUGGGCUUGAUUCUUGUUGGAAGAGCAGCCUUUGUUUUCCCCUUGUCGUUCAUAUCCAACUUGACAAAGAAAGCUCCUCAUGAGAAAAUUGAAUUCAAACAGCAAGUUACCAUUUGGUGGGCUGGUCUUAUGCGCGGUGCUGUCUCAAUGGCACUUGCUUAUAAUCAGUUUACUAGUUUAGGGCAUACUCAAGUGCGAGGGAAUGCGAUGAUGAUAACCAGCACAAUCACGGUUGUUCUUUUCAGCACAGUGGUUUUCGGAUUGAUGACUAAACCAUUAGUUAGGAUCUUGCUUCCUUCUCCAAAACAUCUCUCGAGAAUGCUUUCGUCCGAGCCAACUACUCCUAAAUCAUUCUUCCUACCACUUCUCAACAAUGGGCAAGGAUCUGAGGCUGAACAAGGCAACCGAAGCGUGAUCCGGCCGUCCAGCUUAAGAAUGCUCUUGACCACUCCUUCCCACACCGUGCACUAUUAUUGGAGAAAAUUCGAUGAUGCCUUCAUGCGACCUGUAUUCGGUGGAAGGGGUUUCGUACCAUUUGUUCCCGGAUCACCCACUGAACAAAACGGUCCUCAGUGGCAAUGAAAAAGGAACUCGAAGCUGAUAUGGCAGGUACAAGAAGUCUAGAAUGCUAUACCGAUUUCCUAAAAUCAUGGCGAACCCGGCUCAACAGCUGGACAUUUCAGUGUGAAGUUUUGUGUUAAUAUUAGUGAGAGUUUUGCAGGUUGAUUAGAACAGCAAUUUUGUCCAGCACUAGCUGAUUAUUAAUUUUGAUUGUAUAUUUAUUGUUGUCUCAAUGGUGAGAGUAUUCUCUUGAUGUCAUGUUGUUUGCUUUUAGAGUUCUAUUUAUUAUGUAUAACAUUACUCUGUUACUUUGUGUACCUAAAAUCCUAUGAGAAUUAAGAACUCAGAGAGUUAAGAAAUUGGAUUA